GUUUGUUUUUUUUUUCUUAUUUCUUAUCAACCAUAUUUUUGUAUUCUAAUAUACAAACUUUUAUAUAUGGAAAGUGGGAAUAGUACUGCAGAAGAUUCCUGUCCUUCUGUUGGAGGACUUCGACAUGCUGGACUUUUUGGACAACCAAGUUUUAAUUUUCUGGACGUCUGGCAACAUCCAACAUAUAACUGGCAUAUUGUAGGCUGGCUUGCAUGCCUUUUAUUUCUCGUGAUUACUUGGUCGGUAGCUUUAACACUGGUUAUUCGUCACCUAAGGAACUACUAUGAUCCUCAAAUCCAACGACACAAGUUACGUAUUAUACUUUACCCUCCAGUCUAUGCUACUUUAGCUUGGGCUUCAUAUUUACGAUUUGAUUAUGCUACUACUAUAUUAUUUUUCGCCACCUUAUUUGAAGCAUUUGCCGUUUACAAUUUAUAUACAUGUCUUCAAGCUUAUUUGGCUCCUUAUCGUGAAGAAGCUCAAGGUCGUAAAGAAGCUUUAUCAACCAAAGUGCUUUUCCUUUUUAAAGUCAAUUUAAAAUCCAAAUGGGGAAUGCAUUUUCGAAUUAUCAUUGAUAUUCUUGUCUAUCAGUUCCCGAUAUGGGCAAUUAUUGAUGCAUUGGUUUCUCUUAUUACGCAAUCCAGAGGACUUUAUUGUGAAUCAAGUUUUAGUUUCCGUGGUGCUCAUGUUUACCUUGUGAUUAUCAAUUUUACUUCAUUAUCUAUUAUCUUGACGGCUCUCUUCACUUACUUGGCUGUAUUUUCUGAUCAAUGGAAAGCAGGUGAUAUACACGCACAUGGAAUGUUUUGGUGUGUCAAGGGACCAAUUAUGGCAAUCUUUUAUCUUGGAGAACUUUUACUUUCUGGUUUAGUUUAUGCAGAUGUGAUCAAAGGCACGGAUGGUACUCAUUCUUCAGAUCAUUUACCUUGGACAGCAGAUGAAGUGAAAAGUGGGAUUUAUGUCAUUGUGAUUUGUGUGACUAUGUGUAUUGCUAUGUUAUUGAUGUUACGAUAUUUCAAUGUUGAUCGACGUAUGGCAAGAGCUUCACCUGAUGACAAUGUAGGUCAUUAUCAACAACUAGGUGGACAACUUACUCCCAACAAAUUAUCUCCUUGGAUGGCUUUUGUUGAUGCUUAUCUUAUUUACAUUCCUGAAUUCUUACGUAACGUACUUUGUUGUGGUGUAGACUCUUUUAGAUUGGCACGCAAAAGGAUUGAAUUACGAGCAAGAAAGAAACGCGCUGGUGGACUUGCUGAUGCAGGUGAACAUAUGCUCGCAACUAAAGAAUCAUAUCAAGAUUCUCCUGGAUACCCUAUGUCUCCCAAUUAUCCUACAAAUCCUCCACCUUCAACUUAUUAUCCCUCUUAUCCUCAACAUUAGUAUCAUUUUAUUUUUUUUAUUUUAUUCUACAUAGAUUUACUUUACAUAGUUAUAUUUUGAAAUAAAACAUUUCCCAACCAAUAGUUUUCCUUUGCGGAUUUAGAAAA